UCACGGCAAAUAAAAGUUGUACUAGAAACAGUACAGAUACAAUAAUGUAAAGAUAAGCGAAACCUGUGUGGACGUAACUAAGUCAACAAAUAGGAAACUUCCUUCAAGUUGCGCUACACUCCAAUCUGACAAUUUAUAUGGACUAACAUUCUUCAGAAGAUCAAUCACCAAGUCCUUCUUUUCCUUCAUAUUAUUUUUGCUCCUAUCUCUAUGGCUCUCUCAUUAGCUUCUUCUCCUUCCUCUUCUCGCACUUGGUUGUACGAUGUUUUCCCUAGCUUCAGUGGGGUAGACGUCCGUGUUACUUUCCUCAGCCACUUGUUGAAGGAGUUUGACAAAAAGUUGAUCACUGCUUUCAAAGACAACGAGAUCGAGAGAAGUCGAUCACUGGAUCCCGAGCUUAAACAAGCCAUUAAAGAUUCGAGGAUCGCGGUGGUUAUCUUCUCCCAAAACUAUGCCUCUUCAAGCUGGUGUCUUAAUGAGUUGUUAGAGAUAGUCAAGUGUGGUCAAAUGGUGAUACCUGUUUUCUACCGGUUGGAUCCUUCCCACGUGAGGAAACAAACCGGUGACUUCGGGAAAAUAUUUGAAGAAACAUGCAAGAAUCAAACAGAGGAAGUGAUAAUAAUUCAAUGGAGGAGAGCUUUGACCGAUGUAGCCAAUACUCUCGGGUAUCAUUCAGUAAACUGGGGUAACGAAGCUGCAAUGAUUGAAGAAAUCGCCAAUGAUGUUUUGGAUAAACUACUUUUAACUUCAUCGAAGGAUUCAGAGAACUUUGUGGGCAUCGAAGAUCAUGUUGCAAAACUGAGUGUAUUGCUGCAGUUGGACGCGGAGGAAGUGAGGAUGGUUGGUUUAUGGGGUUCCUCAGGGAUCGGCAAGACUACAAUUGCAAGAGUUCUGUUUCAACGACUUUCUCAACACUUCCGAGGUAGCAUUUUCAUAGACAGGGCUUUCGUAUCUAAGACUAUGGAAAUUUUCAAGGAAGCUAAUCCGGACGACUAUAACAUGAAGCUGCAUUUGCAAAGAAAUUUCCUAUCUGAAAUCUUAGGUAAAGGAGACAUAAAGAUAAAUCAUUUGAGUGCAGUUGGGGAGAGGCUGAAGAAUCAGAAAGUUCUUAUUUUCAUUGAUGAUUUUGAUGAUCAAGUUGUGCUAGAAGCCUUGGUUGGUCAAACUCAAUGGUUUGGAAGUGGGAGCAGAAUCGUUGUGGUUACAAAUGAUAAGCAGUAUCUAAGGGCCCAUGGGAUUAAUCACAUUUACGAGGUCUAUCUCCCAACUGAAGAGCUAGCUGUUGAGAUGUUAUGUCGAUCUGCUUUCAGGAAAAAGGCUGCACCUGAAGGUUUUGAGGAGCUUGUAGCUAAAGUUACAGGACUUGCUGGUAGUCUUCCUUUAGGUCUUAAUGUUUUGGGUUCAUCUCUACGGGGAAGGGACAAGGAGUACUGGAUGGAUUUGUUGCCAAGGCUUCAGAAUGGUUUAGAUGGGAAAAUUGAGAAGACAUUGAGAGUCAGCUACGAUGGAUUAACAAGCGAAGAAGAUAAAGCGUUAUUUCGCCAUAUUGCAUGCCUUUUCCAGUGGGAAAAAGUCACAUACCUGAAGUUGCUGCUCGCUGAUAGUGGGUUGAGUGUUACGGUUGGGCUGGAAAACCUAGCUGAUAAGUCCCUCAUUCAUGUAAGAGAGGAUUAUGUGAAGAUGCACCGUUUGUUAGAAGAGAUGGGUAGAGGUAUUGUUAGGCUUGAGGAGCCUGAAAAACGAGAAUUUCUGGUGGACGCACAAGAUAUCUGUGAUGUACUCAGUCAAGACACUGGUACUCAUAAGAUAUUGGGUAUAAAAUUGAAUAUUGAUGAGAUUGAUGAACUGAAUGUGCAUGAGAAUGCCUUCAAAGGGAUGCGCAAUCUGCGUUUCCUGGAAAUUCACUCAAAAAAGCGUUAUGAGAUUGGAAACGAAGAAGUUACAAUUCACUUACCUGAAAACUUCGACUAUUUGCCUCCAAAACUUAAAAUAUUGGAUUGGUUUGGAUAUCCAAUGAGAUGUCUGCCUUCUAAGUUUCGUCCUGAAAAACUCGUCAAGCUCAAAAUGGUGAAUAGCAAGCUCGAGAAGCUGUGGGAAGGGAUUGUGUCGCUUACAUGUCUUAAAGAGAUGGAUAUGUGGGGAUCUACAAACUUGAUAGAAAUGCCAGAUCUUUCAAAGGCCACCAAUCUGGAGACACUUAAACUUCGGAAAUGCUAUAGUUUGGUCAAGCUUCCUUCCUCCAUUCCACAUCCCAACAAACUGAAGAAAUUAGACCUGAGAAAUUGUCGAAAUGUGGAGACUAUUCCAACUGGCAUUAGCCUCAAAUCUCUCAAAGACCUAAAUACUAAAGGAUGCUCACGGAUGAGGACUUUUCCCCAAAUCUCAAGCACCAUCGAAGAUGUCGACAUAGACGCAACAUUCAUUGAAGAAAUACGUUCAAAUUUGAGUUUGUGUUUCGAGAAUCUCCAUACCUUUACGAUGCACAGCCCAAAGAAACUAUGGGAAAGAGUGCAGGUUCUGUCUCCCUCUUUGUGGCAUCUGGAUCUCUCGGAUAACCCUGGUUUGGUGGAGCUUCCUUCUUCAUUUAAGAAUCUCCAUAACCUGUCGAGAUUGAAAAUUAGAAACUGCGUAAAUCUGGAAACUCUUCCCACCGGAAUCAACCUCGGAUCUCUCUCGAGAGUAGAUCUCAGUGGAUGCUCACGGUUGAGGACUUUUCCUCAAAUCUCAACUAACAUCCAAGAGCUCGAUCUAAGCGAAACAGGGAUUGAAGAGGUUCCUUGUUGGAUUGAGAAAUUCUCCAGGCUUAACUCCCUACAGAUGAAGGGAUGCAACAAUUUGGAAUAUGUAAACCUAAACAUUUCAGACUGCAAGUCAUUGACUGGAGCUAGCUGGAAUAAUCAUCCAAGAGAAAGUGCCUUGAGUUAUUACCACAGUUUCGACAUUGGUAUCGAUUUCACCAAGUGCUUAAACUUGGUUCAAGAAGCUCUGUUUCAAAAGAAAACAUAUUUCGGUUGUCAACUGAAGUUGUCAGGUGAAGAAGUGCCUUCAUAUUUCACGCACCGUACUACUGGAACCUCCUCCUCUCUCACCAUUCCUCUACUUCACAGCUCUCUCACGCAACCAUUCCUCCGAUUCAGGGCUUGCAUUGUGUUUGAUUCGGACAAAGAGUCAUAUCGCAGUUGUGCCUUUAGAUUCAAAGGCAGUUUUCGGAACUGCUCUGAUUCCUAUAAUCAGGCACAAGACUUCUGCGCAGUCACGGAGGAUUAUAAGAUCUUUUCAUUUGAGGAGGAUAGUUGUCUGUUUGUAUUAGACUACCAGAUGACUCAAAUCCCUUUAGAAAUGAACUUCGAUGGCCUGGAUCUGAAGAUUCAUAUUGUUGAUUGUAAUCAUGCUAAAAUAAAAGGAUGGGGUAUACGAAUCUUAGAGGAGGACUGUUCAUCGGCAGACAACCGACUUAGUUAUCCAAACAUUCUACCACAUGUUUUUGAAGCCGAUGAAUGCAAUAUGAGGCUGGUGAAUGUGGAGGCAAAUGAUGCAGUGACGGAAAGAAGCGGAUUUCGUGAAUAAACUUUUGAUUGUGUUAGGUUGUAACGCAGAGCAUCUAAAAUUAGGAAUUAAAUCAGUUCCACAAACCAAAUAGACAUUUUUCGACUGGUGAUUUCAGAUGAUGCCUUUUUUUAUUCUCUGUGUGUUUAAUGAUCAAGUAUAUAUAUAUAUAUACAGUAUAUAUUCAUGCCA